AUUAGAAAUUAGGGUUUCAAAAUACGCUCGAUACACCCAAUCGAAUUGCAGGAGAAAAUCAAUCAAAGAUCAACGAAGAUGAUCGAGGUGGUGUUGAACGAUCGUUUGGGGAAGAAGGUCCGUGUGAAGUGCAACGACGACGACACCAUCGGCGACUUGAAGAAGCUCGUUGCAGCGCAGACCGGUACCCGUGCUGACAAGAUUAGGAUCCAGAAGUGGUACAACAUCUACAAGGAUCAUAUCACCCUUAAGGACUACGAGAUUCACGAUGGCAUGGGUCUUGAACUCUACUACAAUUGAGUCUGUAGUUAUUAUGAUGCCGGUUACGUAAGUUUGAUUUGAUGAAUGAUAAUAAUUAUCUGAUCGUGUAUGAAUGAAUAAAUUUUGAAUUGUGCAACAGUUGUUAUGAUAUAUGCUUGUAAUUGAAAUUUAGCUUUUUUUAUAAUUUGGUUGCUGAGUUUUAACGCUA